AUGGCCACCGAAGCCCAGACUACCGAAUCCUCCAGACCAGCGUGGUCUCCUCAGCCGGUCAAAGCCACCACCUACUCGUUCCCAUCGAUGGAGCCCCUGCGUUUUGUCGAAUACCCCCAGAGCCACCUUUUGAUGCCCCUGCGAAAAGACCUUCUCCACCGGGCCGUUGUAUACGAAGGCGACAUGACCCGGCAAGGUACUGCGAGCACUAAGUGGAGGGCCGAUGUGCACGGAAGCAAUCGGAAGCUCUAUCCUCAAAAGGGCACGGGUCGGGCGCGUGUGGGCGACAAGAAAUCGCCCAUCCGAAAGGGUGGUGGUGUUGCAUUUGGACCGCAUCCGCGCGACUUCUCCACGGAACUGCCUCGGAAGAUCUACGACCAGGCGUGGCGCACGGCUCUCAGCUACCGCUACAAGCGUGGCCAGCUGAUUAUCAUCGACAACGAAAUUUCGAUCCCGGAGGAUGCGACGCCGCAUCUGAUCCAGGAUAUCUUCAAGAUCAACUGCUGGGGUCGGGAGUACGGACGGUCGACGCUGAUCACGGACCAGCUGGACGAGGGUCUGUUUGAGACGGUGCGCCAGGUGGGCGAGCAUGCGAAGAUCCUGGAUCGUGGCGAUGUCGAUGUGAAGGAUUUGCUGGAGACGGGACGGUUGAUUAUUGAGAAGGCAGCGUUGGAUCGGAUGCUGGCGCAGCACUCGCGGGACUUGAACCAGAAGCCUGCGAAGGCGUUGUAUUACUGA